GAACACAGCUCAUUGUUGGCGGAGCCGGCGGCCUUGGCGCGCGCAGGCCCGGAGCGAUCGAAGGCUCGGCUCGGACCCUGGCCGCGGCCCCCGGCGCCCGGCCCGCCGCGCCCCGCAAGCCCGAGCCCUAUGCGCCGCUGAGCGCGCUGCGAGCCCGCCGAUCGCGCCCGCGGGGCCCGCAGCCGACGCCACCCGGACGGAAGGACUGGAAAUGGCAGAGCAUAUGAUGGCCAUGAACCACGGGCGCUUCCCCGACGGCACCAACGGGCUGCACCACCACCCCGCGCACCGCCUGGGCAUGGGCCAGUUCCCGAGCCCGCACCACCACCAGCAGCAGCAGCCCCCGCACGCCUUCAACGCCCUGAUGGGCGAGCACCUCCACUACGGCGCGGGCACCAUGGGCGCCAACGGCGGCGUCCGGCACGCCAUGGGGCCGGGGACUGUGAGCGGCGGGCACCCCCCGAGCGCGCUGGCCCCCGCCGCCAGGUUCGCCAACUCCCAGUUCCUGGGCCCCCCGGUGGCCAGCCAGGGGGGCUCCCUGCCGGCCAGCAUGCAGCUGCAGAAGCUCAACAACCAGUAUUUCAACCACCACCCCUACCCGCACAACCACUACAUGCCGGAUUUGCACCCGGCUGCCGGCCACCAGCUGAACGGGACAAACCAGCACUUCCGAGAUUGCAACGCCAAGCACGGCGGCGCGGGCGCCACCCCCGGCGGCGCGGGCGGCAGCGGCAGCCCGGGCACCCCCGGCGGCUCCGCGGGCGGCGCCGGCGGCAGCAGCGGCAGCGGCGGCGGCAGCAGCGUGCCGGCCUCGGUGGCCCACGUCCCCGCUGCGAUGAUGCCGCCCAACGUCAUUGACACUGAUUUCAUUGACGAGGAAGUCCUCAUGUCCUUAGUGAUAGAAAUGGGUUUGGACCGCAUCAAGGAGCUGCCCGAACUCUGGCUGGGCCAAAACGAGUUUGAUUUCAUGACGGACUUCGUGUGCAAACAGCAGCCCAGCCGAGUGAGCUGCUGACUGCUCGCGAGCCCCCCCGGCGAGAGGAAAACCCAAGCCCCACUUCCUCGGCGUGAAUUAAAAAAAAAAAAAAAAGAAAAAAAGAAAAAAGAAAAGAAACAAAAAUUAAAAAAAAAAAAAAACCCACAUUCCCUUAGACACAGUAUCUCACUUUUCAGAUCGUGAAAGGUUUGAGAACUUGGAAACAAAGUAAACUACAAACUUGUACAAAUUGGUUUAAAAAAAUUGCUGCCACUUUUUUUUUCUGUUUUUGUUUCGUUUUUGUAGCCUUGACAGUCACCUCCCUUAUGUAGUUGAAAUAUCUAGCUAACUUGGUCUUUUUUGUUGUUUGUUUUUACCCCUGACUUCCUCACUUUCUCCAGUGCUCAACUGUUAGAUAUUAAUCUUGGCAAACUGCUUAAUCUUGUGGAUUUUGUAGUCGGUUUCAAAUGACUGGACUGCCUUCAGAUUUCCGAGUGAAAGGAAAAAUUGCAUUAGUUGGUUGCAUGAACUUUGAAGGGCAGAUUUACUGCACAAACUCUGCCAUCUCGCUUCGUUUUUUUAACUAUGCAUCUGAGUACAGACUAAUUUUUAAAAUAUGCUAAACUGGAAGAUUAAACAGACGUGGGCCAAACCGUUCUGGGUCAGGAAAAGUCAGACCGGGUCACUUUGGAGUUGGCUCCCCUCCCCCACAUGUACAGACAGUAAUCGGGCGUGGAAUGUCGUCGGUGGGAAACAUUUCACAGGUUUUUAUUUUGUUUCUGUCUUCAACAUUUUUGACACUGUGCUAAUAGUUAUAUUCAGUACAUGAAAAGAUACUACUGUGUUGAAAGCUUUUUAGGAAAUUUUGACAGUAUUUUUGUACAAAACAUUUUUUUGAAAAAAUACUUGUUAAUUUAUUCUAUUUUAAUUUGCCAAUGUCAAUAAAAAGUUAAGAAAUA